GGAACAAAUGGAAUUUGAUGAUAAUACUUUUGAAAGACAACAAAGGAGGCCAGUUUUUGAAGAAGCUUCCAUGUCUAAUAGGCGUUUCAAAAAGAUCAAAAGUCCGGAACGCCAAUCCUCUGUUCAGCAGCCGUCUUUAAAUCCAUUUGUUCCUUGUAAUAAUCCAACACCAAUGGCAUUUCCUCCUCCUCCGUCAUCGUCAAGGCUUGUUUUCCCUUUUGCCUUUGACGGGACGCAGCAAUCCAUGGAUAGUUCAUCCCAAUUGGGAACGAACACGAUGCCUCUGUAUCAUCCACAACAGCAAAAUCAGCAGCAAAUGAUCUCAUUUUCGCCUCAACAAUGUCUUUACCCUCCGUAUUUUGCAGGGGAAUUGGGUCCAUCACAGAAUCAGCAGCAGAUGUUGCGGUAUUGGAAUGAAACGCUUAAUUUAAGUCCGAGGGGAAGAAUGAUGAUGAUGAGCAGAUUGGGGCAGGAUAGCAGGGGAAUUUUUAGGCCUCAACAAGUACAAGUACAGCCAAUUUCCGCAACGAAGCUAUACAGAGGAGUGAGGCAGAGACAUUGGGGGAAAUGGGUAGCUGAAAUUCGUCUUCCUCGUAAUAGGACUCGUCUUUGGCUUGGUACUUUUGAUACAGCUGAAGAUGCAGCUAUGGCUUAUGACCGCGAGGCGUAUAAGCUAAGAGGAGACAAUGCUAAGCUCAAUUUCCCCGAACUCUUUAUUGGUAAAGACAAAGGAGAACCAUCUCUGUCAUCUCCAAUUGCUCCUCAUGAAUCUUCGCUCCCUGAACAAAAUUCGGAAAGUCUAGAAUUACAACCUAUAAAUAAUGAACAAUUGCCUCCGUCACCGCCCCCACAGCCACUACCGGAAGGUGAUAACCAUGACGAGGACUCGGGGAUUGGAUCGAGUGAGGUGACUACUAAUUCACAAUCAUCUGAAUUAGUAUGGGGUGAUAUGGCUGAGGCUUGGUUCAAUGCAACUGGUUGGGGUCCAGGUAGUCCAGUUUGGGAUGAUUUUGACUCAAAUAACAACCUCAUGUUUCCACCUAAUCUUCAUUUUGGGAAUUUCUGUCAACAAGAGCCUCAUAAUUCUGAUCCUCAUCAACAUCAUGAUACGAAUAGCGAUCCAUCUUCGCCUUCAUGUCCUAUGAGGCCGUUCUUCUAGGUUCAACUUUUCUCAUACAUUCGUCUUGUUAGGAUUUAGGUGUCACAUACCAUUUCAUGGAAACAGUCUCUUGCAGAAAUGCAGGUUAAGACUGUAUACAAUAUACCCUUGUGGUCCAUCCAGGUCACAUGCACCAGGCUACCCUUUAUACCAUUUCAAGAUUUACAACUCCCUUUGGCCAUAGGAGAUUCUUUUAGAUAAUCUCCAGGGAUUCAUCCGGUGGAUGAAUCCUUCCGUGUGAGCUCACACGCCAUCUUUGUUCAUCUCUUUUCCCUUUUAACUCUUCUACUCUCCCAUCUUUGGACCUUUCUUCCACUUGAUCCACCAUACUUUGUCAUUUCUGCAAAAUGGCUGCAUAUUUAAAGCCUUUUCUUGCAGUGACAAUGUGUACUUGUUGUUUACUAGUACUUCAUACAUAUGUAUCACAUUUAGUUGAGACCAUAUGCUAGUAGUUAAAUUAUCUUAGAUUAGACGUCGAGGGAGAUAGUUUUAUGAUCUACUCUCGAUAGUCACUCCAUCACGAGCUCAUUUUUUGAUUCGCGAGGAUGGAGGAAGUUGAAGUGUCUGUAUAUGUAUUAUCUUCACUUCAGAUCUAUAUGUUGUAAUUUGUUUGUUGUUGUUGUUGUUUUUAUUGAAGAUAUUUAGUUCAA